AUGAACCUCUACCUCUCCACUAUUCUUCCAGGUCUACUUGAAUAUGCGCCCUGGUCAGCCCAGCGACGCCUGGUUAGCCCACCAACGUCUGCUCAGCCCACAGAGCCUGGUCAACCCCCAGAGCCUGGUCAACCCCCAGAGCCUGGUCAACCCCCAGAGCCUGGUCAACCCCCAGAGCCUGGUCAACCCCCAGAGCUUGGUCAACCCCCAGAGCCUGGUCAACCCCCAGAGCCUGGUCAACCCUCAGAGCCUGGUCAACCCUCAGAGCCUGGUCAACCCCCAGAGCCUGGUCAACCCCCAGAGCCUGACACCAAGCACUGUAACUCAGCAUUUUACGCCUCGUUUGCCACGCUUUGCAAAUUAUUCACCCGAUACAAAUAG